GAGAGCGGUGUGGCGCUUGUAGGGAGAGGCGGAGGGAGUGCUUUACCGCAGUAUCACUACAUUUCUGCACCACUCAUCAAAACUCUGCGGCAUGCAGACAAGAGCUGGGGGGGAGGGCAGUUACUAGGUCCGUUUUGAGUGUGAAACCACUACCUCUUCCUCUUCUGUUGGCCUAUCAGUCCUUCAUAUUAUCCAGGCUACAGCAGUGCUUUUACCUUGUUUCUUUUCAUGUGGGCUUGUUGAGUGUUCAAGAAGACUUCUUUAAUUGCCGGUCUUCUUCCUGUAGGAGCGGUGAUACAGCAGGACUCGCUCUCUCUCUCUCUUUCUCUCCCUCCAUCUCUCUCCAUCUCUGCUGUCUGGGCAAGCGCUCAUUACAUCAGGGCGCUUUUAGUUAAGGUUUGGAACAGUUCAUUAGAAAAUGGCAAAAGAUGGAGAAAAAGGCGAUUGGAAGGAGUUUCUAUGGAACCCGAGGACGAGGGAGUUUCUGGGCAGAACGGCGAGCAGCUGGGGCCUUAUUUUUCUCUUCUAUGUAAUUUUCUACACCUUCCUUGCUGGCUUGUUUGCUCUCACCAUGUACGUCAUGCUGCAGACCCUGGAUGAACACAAACCAACCUGGCAAGACAGGCUCUCUACACCAGGUUUGGUGAUUAGACCUCAUGCAGAUGAAAUGUUUGAAAUUGUCUAUAAUAAAGAGAACACUGAGAGCUGGGACAUGUACGCACAGGCACUGGACAAGUUCCUGCAACCCUACAAUGACUCCACCCAAGCCCAGAAAAAUCAUGAGUGCACCCCAGACAAGUACUUCAUCCAGGAGGACAGCGGUGAGGUGAAGAACAACCCGAAACGCUCCUGUCAGUUCAACCGCACCGUCCUCCAGAACUGCUCUGGAAUUGAAGAUCGUUACUAUGGAUACCGAGAUGGCCAGCCAUGCAUCAUCAUCAAGCUGAAUCGGGUGAUUAACUUGCUGCCAGGAACGGAUAACCAGACUCCGUAUGUCACCUGUGGUGCAAAGAGAUACAAAGUUGGCAAAGAUCAAUGGAAAGAUGACGCUGACAAACUUGGAGAGUUGGUUUACUUUCCUCCGAAUGGCACCAUCAACCGUAUGUACUUCCCUUACUACGGCAAGAAAGCGCAGGUGAACUACUCUCAGCCCUUGGUUGCCGUCAAGUUCCUCAAUAUUACGCUCAAUGAAGACGUGAACAUUGAGUGCAAGAUCAACGCCAACAACAUUCCCACUGGAAGCGAAAGAGACAAGUUUGCUGGGCGAGUGUCUUUCAAGCUGAGGAUCAACAGUAAUAACUAGGUUUACGCCCCCACCCACCCCAACCCCAAAUCUUCAUUCCCUGCAACAUUGCACAUGCACAGAAAAAAAAAAUCACAGUAUUCACACCCUUUGUAGGAUCUGUUUACAAACCCCACCCACCCCCACCCCUCACCACCACUCCACAGAUUUUUGUGGGAAAUUCUUUGUUAGGCUGUGCGACGAGACGACGCGAGAACAAAAGGGUGCUAAUCCUGUCAUUAUUUCUGUGAACAUUCACACAAAUUAUUUUCCAUCAAUUAGUUUGAGGUGACGUCUAUUUAUACUGCAUGUCAAGCUAGGAGAUAUAAAGGAUGUGAACGUGUGUUUUCAAAGUUUGCAGGGAUCAGCAAUAUUACUACGGUAUUGCUGGUCCCCCUCCCCCCACUGCCUCCUCAUAGAACAUCCCUCUAGAUAUGAAUAUACACAAAUUACAAUGCAGAACAUGUAUAUCUACAGUAUUUAUACAGUAUAAUAAUCUUACAUCAGUGCGUCUAUUUUGUUGCACUUUAAAAGAAUAUUCCAACAAACAGGAUGGAUGCAGAGAUGAAGCCAUUUGCAUGUGUGUAUUGUCUUAAUAUGCUAUGAGGGCAGGAGGCUCCUGUGUCCCACCUCCCUGCUACAUUUGAAAUAAGCAACUGACCACCAGGAGGGACCACACUGUAAUCUUUAAACCUCAUGCAUAGUACAGUGAUACAGUGAGAUGAUCAAAAAAAAAAAGAGAAAAGGUGAGGUAGACAGUACAGGUCAAGAGGAGUGAAGACUGCAGGAGAGUGUGUGUUUCUGUGUGAGUGUGUCUUUCAUUUUUACAGGUCCCAUUUCACACUGUAGGUCGGGAAGUUGCAUGCAAUGUGCAAUAUUCAUUAAGUGGCAUACAUUAUGAAUGUCUGUAUCCACUCAUCAGAUGACUUCUAUUAAAUAAUAAUCAUUUUGGAUCAUUUGAUAUUCACACUCAUUGUGUGGCCUGAGAGUAGCUUAUAUAACAGAUGUGAUAUAUUCCUGGGCCAUAUUAGCACCAAAAUUCUCAGUCAGUCACAGGAUAAACUGAACUUUGGCUUUGUGGCGGCUGGACUGCGUUCCAGCGAGACAUCUGAACAUCAUAUGAAAACAACAAAAUAGACCUCUGUUCUAUACACACACACACACACACACACACGAAAUACAAUAUCACAUUUUAUUCCCAAAGUCAAACCAAGAGUUUAUUUCAUUUCAAUUUUUAAUAUUAAUAUUUAAUUAAUGUUUAGAGGGUCGGUUUUCUUGGGUGUAUUGCAUCUAUUUCAUUUGUAUCAGAAAUAGAUGCCAUUGUAAUUUUUUUUUUUAUUGUUUUGCUUCAUUUUCUUUCUUUCUUUCUUUCUUUCUUUCUUUCUUUCUUUCUUUCUUUCUUUCUUUCUUUCUUUCUUUCUUUCUUUCUUUCUUUCUUUCUUUCUUUCUUUCUUUCUUUCUUUCUUUCUUCUUUCUUUCUUUCUUUCUCUGACUUGAAGCUCACUUAAUUAAUGAAUUUCCAGUUUUGAAGGAGGAGGAUGUUGAAAGUUUCUUUUAAUUUUAUUUUUUGUCAUCCAUUCUCAUUCUCAUCACCUAAAGAAUGCAUCCAAAAUAUCAAAAUGUAUACUGUACCUUUUAUUUUAAAAGAUAUUAGUUACUUAAUUAUAUUAAAUUUUAGUGCAGCUUUGAUUUGUAGGCUAUAGGAAAUUAAAAAAAUUGGAGAUUUACUUGUUCUCCAGUGUUGUAUGAAUCAUUCUGAAGGAAAAGCCAUCACGAUAACAAGACAACCAACCUAUCAACCAAGGCAGACAUAUCCCUGAGUUUAGUGCUUGAGCUGUUUACUUAGCAUCCAUUCAUUGUGCUGCGCAGGCACACAGAUUUUUAGGAAAUACCCUUAAAUAUUGGCUAGAGAAAUCUGUGGAGUCACGCUUCUGAACUCAGGCAUGUUACCUCGGCACAGCUACAAAACUGUACCAGUUAGACUGUGAUCCUGCCAUGUCACUGCAGCAAAUCUAGAACACAAGCAUCUGUUCACUUACAUCAAGGUCUGGCUGAUUAUGAAUUUUUCUCAGAGCAAUGUGUUUCUCACUAUGCCUGCAAAUAUCUUGCAGUGGGUUAAAUAAGACUGCAUCACCCGACAGCAAAUGAAUCCAACCCCAUCAGAGCUAAUGUAUAUUUGAGUGGUCAUUUAUAAUUGAUGAUCUAACAGUCGUUUUUGUGAGUCCGUCGCCCAGUUUGCAUGCAUUUCUCCUCUUGUAUUCCUGCAACACUUACUUAAUUUCAAUGUAAUCUCUUAAUCUGGUCAGCUAAUCCAAGAGCAGGCAUGCUGAACUUCUUUACCCCACUCUGUUGCUCCUCCUCCUUGUGUCAGAUGGCUGGUUCAAGGGUUAUUCAUUUUUCAUUUUAUUCUCUACAUUCAAACCUUAUUACAUUUUGUUUAGUUUCAAAUCACAUCACAACACUUCACUGGCUAAUUGAACACCCUUUUUUUCACUCAUGCAUGUGAAGAUUACGUCUUCAACCAAAGAUCUUCAUGACAGCUUAAAUUUAAUUUACUUCUGCUUCUCUGACACAUCCUCAGCAGCAGAUCUGAGUAAGGAUCCCAUGCAGAGAUACUGCAGGAUCCAGAUGGGGGGCUAAAGACCCUGUGUUAAUAAAAGGCCUCCUCUUUUAUGAUAAUAAUACGCACAAAGGAACAUGGUUCACUACAACAUAACAGUGCCUCCUGGUGGACAGACAGUGUUGCUCCCCAGUGUCACAGAAUGUUAUUUGAGGUUAUAAUUUGGAGAUGUCCUCGAAAAGCAAUAUAUUUAUUUCUUGUGUGGCUGUAUGAUUAUUUACUGCAAAGGUUGUAACAAAAUCAGAGCAACAUGCAUCAUAAACAGUAAGGAAGAAAAGGGAAAGAAUGCAUAUUUGCCAGUGUGUGUUAUUAUGAUGGAACAAUAUUACAAAAAAAUUGCAUUGUUUAUAAAAGAGUAUUUUGUUGUAAAGAUGAGAGACUGCAUUAGCCUGGAUUAUAUCAUACGAUGGGAGGUACAUGAUAGGGUUUCAUAAAAUGUCAACUUGAAUAGAAAUGUUUUUCGUUUUAAUGUUUUUGUCAUUUGUGUUUGUUCGACUGUCUUAAAUCAAAGUCUACAAUCGAAGCUUACAAUCAAAGUUCUGACAAUACUCAACCCUCUGCAAAGGGGCCCAGCGCAAAGGUUGAAGAAAGCCAAGUAUUGUUUUUUAAGUAGAGAAUAAAUGAAUAAAUAAUGUCAUUGCCCAUUAAUGUUAAAUUGCAUUAUUGUUUAAGAUCCUCCAAGAAGGAAAUUCAGUAAAUUUGUUCAAAUACUCUCUCCCUAACAGAUGAUAAAUAUUCUGGAUCUUUAUUUUCUGCUCUAAAUGUAUGUAUAUUUUCGCUCAUGUUUACUGCAAACCAAGAUAGAAAAAUGAAUAAAUGUUAUUUAAGGGAACUCAAACUUCA